CCAGCAUGGCUAUCAUCUGUUCUCUAAGGCUCCUGCUAUUAUUUGCUCUUCUCUUUGGGCAUGGAGUGUUUGAGCUUGAAGCUUCUCAUCAAAUUUAUCACACCCUUCAAAAUCUUGAUGAUUUUGAUGCUAAAACAACUCAACCUUACAGAACUGCUUAUCAUUUUCAGCCUUCCAAGAACUGGAUGAAUGAUCCAAAUGGGCCAAUGAUUUACAAAGGAAUUUACCAUCUUUUCUACCAAUACAAUCCCAAAGGAGCAGUAUGGAUGUGGGGCAGCAUUGUGUGGGCCCACUCCACUUCAACUGAUCUUGUUAAUUGGACCCCACAAAGUGUUGCCAUCUACCCAUCUCAGCCAUCGGAUAGUAAUGGCACCUGGUCUGGUUCUGCCACAAUCUUCCCAGAUGGCACACCGGCAAUGCUUUUCACCGGAGUUAACACACUCGGCCAACAAGUUCAAAACUUGGCCAUGCCCAAAAACACAUGUGACCCAUAUCUUUUAGAAUGGGUCAAAUCACCUAGUAACCCAGUAAUGGCACCCACCCGUGAGAACCACAUCAAUGCUAGCUCUUUCAGAGACCCAACCACCGCCUGGCUUUGUGCUGAUGGAAGAUGGAAGGUGGUCAUUGGAAGCAAAAUCAACCGUAAAGGAGUAGCAUAUCUUUACACAAGUGAAGAUUUUGUUCACUGGAUUGAGGCCCAAAACCUAUUCCAUUCUGCUGAAGACACCGGAAUGUGGGAAUGUGUUGACUUUUUUCCGGUGUCAGUUAAUAGCUCAGUUGGGGUUGAUUUGCAGAUGUUGAGAUCAAAUAUUAAGUAUGUGUUUAAGGCAAGUUUAGAUGAUACUAAACAUGAUUACUACACUGUUGGAGAAUAUGACCAUGUGAAGAAUGUUUAUACUCCAGAUGAAGGAUCAGUGGAUGGUGAUUCAGGAUUAAGAUAUGAUUAUGGGAAAUUUUAUGCUUCAAAAACUUUCUUUGACAGUGCUAGGAACAGAAGGAUUUUGUGGGGUUGGGUAAAUGAAUCUUCAAGUGUUACUGCUGAUAUUAAGAAGGGCUGGUCUGGAAUUCAGGCAAUUCCAAGGACUAUCUGGCUUGACAAAUCAGGAAAGCAACUGGUGCAAUGGCCAAUCCAAGAAAUCGAAAAGCUUCGGACAAAUGCAGUCCGCCUGCCUGGCAAAAUUCUUAAGAAAGGAUCUGUGCUUGAAGUUCCUGGUGUCACAGCAGCACAGGCAGAUGUGGAGAUUACAUUCAAUGUAUCAGAUUUUAGCACAGGAGAAGUGCUAGACCCAAGCUGGACCAACCCACAGUUGCUAUGUUGUCAAAAGGGUGCCUCAGUUAAAGGCAGUUUAGGACCAUUUGGAUUGCUAGUUUUGGCCUCUGAAAGCUUGCAAGAGUACACAGCAGUUUUUUUCAGAAUAUUCAAAGGCAAAAACAAAUACGUGGUGCUCAUGUGCAGUGACCAAAGCAGGUCUUCACUGAAUCCAGAUAAUGAUAAGACCACUUACGGAGCUUUUGUGGAUGUGGACCCUGUUCAUGAGCAACUGUCAUUGAGAAGCUUGAUUGAUCAUUCAGUAGUGGAGAGUUUUGGCGGACAAGGAAAGAGCUGCAUGACAGCAAGAGUCUAUCCCACAUUUACUGUGAAGGAAGAUGCGCCUGCACACCUGUAUGUUUUCAAUAAUGGAAGUGAAAGUGUCACCAUUACAAGACUGAGUGCUUGGAGCAUGAAGAAGGCUAAAAUCAACUGAGAAAUAGCCAGGGUUGACAACUACAGAUGCAAGGACUGAGAUACAUAUAUAUACAAGCAGUCUGAAGAUUUUGUAGUGUGAUCAGAAAUAAACUAUACAUUAUCCUUAUGUAUUAACUAUACUUGUCUUUUGAUGCUUGUUUUUCUGUUUAUUGUAAUUUCUCCAUCAUGAAAUAACAGAAGCCAAUGGGGUUUGUUUUUGGCAAUGUAGCUUCUCUUUGCAUCCAAAGUAAGCAAUACUUAAGCCUCAGAAGUUGUAUGUUAGCUGCCACUGCCAGAGUCUUUUACCUUGGGAAUGGAUCCUAGUGACGUUUGGUGGCUGGGAGAUUUGUUACAUGUGUAAAUGGAGUAACAGAAAUCCUAAA